AUGAAGCUUCAUCUACAUUCGCUUGUUGCUGUAUUGCUUGGCCUUCCUUUGGUUUGGGGAGACAGCUUUGAUGAUAAGGCCAAUGAGCUUCUUGCAUCCACCAAAGUGCGAGGAUUUGUGGUGGCAAUCAAAGUUCCCGAAAAGACUGAUCCAGUGAUUCGAGCCUACGGAAAGAUCUCGGCCGCCUCAAAUGCUGAUGCUGUCACAAUCGACACAGCAUUCAUGAUGGCUUCAGUCUCCAAGCCCUUUGCAGGAGCGGCACUCGCCAAAAUGAUUGAACAAGGAUUGAUCCAUCCGGAUGACGACAUAGAAGCCGUAAUUCCUGUUGGCUAUGGAGAGACCAACUAUCUGAACACAAGACAUAGAACCAGUCAAGUGACAUUUCGGCAUGUUGCAACGCAUCGCAGUGGCCUUCGCGCAGGGAUUCCUGAUGUGUUGGGUACCAGGGGAAAAGUUAACCCAAGCUAUGGUCCUACAGGUGCAUACUUCGGGACUGCUGUGGGCAAUCCUAGUUGCUCCAUGAUGAAAGAUGUCAAAGGAUUCUAUCGCGACUAUAUGGAAGACGGGGCACCGGAUACCACCGUUGGGAGGGCAGAUCUAUCCGUCUAUCCCGGAGGUACUUUUGAUUGGUACACCAAUGCCGAUGGGGCCAAUGCCUGGUCCGCAAAUGCAGCCGGAGCCACCAGCACCUACUCCAACUUUGGGAUUGGAUAUAUUGCUGCUCUGGUAGAGCACAAGACAGGAAUUAGUUUUAGUCAGUACUGUAACACAAACUUGUUUGGUCCUCUUGGCAUGACAAACACAAAAUGGCACCGGGAUGAGUUGCCAACGACCACCCAACAGGCAAUUCCAGUUCAGUCGAAUGGAGAUGGUACAUACCUUGACGUUGGGCACUAUUGCUUCAUUGAUUAUGCAAGUGGGCAACUUUACACCACCGCCAAUGAUGCUGCCAAGUGGGGGAAUGAAAUGCUCUCCAAGGGUACUACAACACUUUGGUCAUCGGCAACCGCGGCACACGUGUUUGGGUGUCAGGAGGUUGACGCAACUGACUCACUACUACCAGAGGCAGACUGCGAAUUCUCCUUGGUUUGGGAGUAUCUAGGAGCUGCCAAGAAAGACAAUCAGAUUGCUGCAAAUAGCUGGAUGGCAGCUUUCCAGAACUAUGAUUGGACAGACAGUGUUCAGCAUGGAGGUGAGGAAGCAGGAAUAACAUCUCACUUUAUCAUCUUUCCCAGUGCAGGCGCAUAUGGUGUUGUCAUGAUAAACUCAGCUGGCAAGAAUGAAAUGGAUACCAUUGCUGCAGAAGCACCUAAAACUAUUCUUGGAGCUCUUUUCCCAGAGGCCCCAAAUCCCCAGACAUCAACACCUAGCCCAGCUCCUGGCCCUCCCUGCUUCCCCGCUUCCUUGUACACAUCAGUCAUUACACAAGCAACCCACCUUGUGGACUCGGCAGCGCUGGCUUUUUCCGGGUUCUGGGCCUGA